AUGGCCAAGAGCAUCAUAAUUACUGGAAGCUCCAGUGGGAUAGGUGCUGCUGCUGCAAGACUAUUUGCCUCGAAAGGAUUUAACAUUACACUUCAUGGACGGAACCUUGAAAAAUUGAAGAAAGUUAGUGACGAAUGCAUUCAACUUGGUGCAGCUGGAACACAUAUUGUUCAGCUUGAUCUUACAAAGAUCUCAGAGCUCUCAAAACUGGUGACGGAGACAAUCGAACAGUUCGGAAGGCUUGAUGUUCUGGUUAAUAACGCAAGUGCAGGAAAGGUUUAUCUACUUAAGGACCUCCCCAACGAUUUUUACUCUGAUCCUAACCUUUUUUCUGCUGCCUUUGGAAACAUUGAGGACAUUGAUGAAGAAAUUCUCGACAAAAAUAUAAUCAUGAAUAUUAAAGCUCCUGUGUUUUUGAUCCAAGCGGCUCUUCCCUUUUUGAAACAAAGCAAAGGGUCCAUCGUUAUCAUAUCUGCAUUGUCAACAGUCAUACGCACAAACAAUUAUUUCCCGGUUUCAAUUACAAAAGCUGCAACAGAUCAUGCUGCUUUACUUUUGUCUGGAAAUUUGGCGGCAGACGGAAUAAGAGUUAACACAAUUCAUCCAGCAGUGACCGAUACUGAGAUUUGGGAGACCACGGGAAUUCCCGAGGAAAUGCGACCUACUUUGAUGCAGAUCGAAGGAGAGAAGCAGCCACUAGCUGGAAUCAUAAAACCUGAAGAGAUUGCUCAGAAAAACAAGCAGUUCGUGAUCGAGGACGACCAGGAGUUUGGAGAACUGAAAGCUGGCGUUGUGAAUGCAAUUGAUCAACGAACUUCAUCUCGCGUAAAAAUCAAAGGAUUUUAUUUAACCCGGGAGAUAACAGCCGACAAUGCGGAAAAAGAAGCAAAGGAACUUAAAUCUCUCGAUCAUCGAAAUAUUGUGAAAUUCAUUGAUUUCAUCGGAGCAGAGAAACCAUCGUGGUGUUACACAAGGAUGAGUUUCAUCGUCAUGGAGAGUCUCGAUGGUGGAAGUGUUAAAGACAUGAUAGCAAAACGACUUACAGCAGGAAACUUCCUUUCUCUUCCUGAAAUCAAAAAUCUAAGUGUUCAACUCGUUUCAGCUGUUGCUUAUUGCCACGAGAAAAGUGUUCUUCAUCUUGAUAUCAAACCAGCAAAUGUUUUUAUAUCGAGUGAUGAAAAAACUAUUAAACUUGGAGAUUUCGGCAGUGCCCGCGAGGUCUCAACAAUAACGAUCACUUCUGCUACUUCGGGAACUAUUUUGUCUACCGAGAUGUACUCAACUCCAGAAUGUCUUAUGAAUGAACGCAAAAAAUCUCCAAGCAUUGAUGUCUGGGGACUUGCUCUUGAAAUAAUAACACUUCAUCAUGCCUUUUAUCCCGAAGAAAACAAAAUAAAAGCAAAUAUUCCAUUUGAAAUAAGGCAAAAUAUUGUGGCUGGACGAAGAAGAGAUAUCAAAGAUUUUCGCACUGAUGCUGAAGAAUUCGUUCCUUAUCAAAAAUUUUUGGAGAAAUGUCUAUCAGCGAGAAAAGAGAUGAGGCCAAAAAAUGCAAUCGUGCUGAAAGAAGAGAAAAUUUUUCAACAUAUGCUCAUUGAUGAUACUGUUGAUCGUGAAUACGGGAAUGAAAAGACUGAAGAUGAAAUCGACAAAUUAAGAAGGCAUAUUGAAAUGCUAGAAGGAAAUUUAGAGAAACAAACAAACGAAAAUUUACUGCUCAAGAAGAAAAUCAUAGAUCAAGAGGGGAUACUUGAUGAGGAUAAUCCAAAAUGGGUUGGAACAUUUGGACGAAAAUCAAACUUGGUUGCGGAUUUUGUAAGAAAACUCACUCCACUUGAUGGUCUUGGCCAUUACUCUGGGCCUGACAAGUCGCAAAAGGCCGGAGGACCUCGACCUAUAAUGGGCGAAACUCAUCUUCAAGAAGUCUGCAAAAUGCUUUUCUGUGGUCAUCUUCAAAUCAAUUUGAAGUUCUGGAUGUUUGACAAAAUUGAAGGAGAAUUCUGCGGAUACUCUAUUUCUUUUCAAAGAGAAAAAAAUGACUCUCUCGGUGUUUUUGAAUUCAUUUUGAAGAUUGGAUCACCAGGGCAGGAUUCAUUCACUGCAAUAGCAGAAGAAAUCGACCCUCCACUUGGGAAAAUAAGAAAUACGGUCGAUUUAACGAGUGUUCUCGAAGACGAUAAGCAAACAAUGAAAUUUGUCGGGAAGAAUAACAUGGUCUACAUACGAUAUAAUCUGACGAGAAUCGUUAAAAAAGAAAAGUUUUGA